GAAGAAGAAGACACAAUGUCGUGGCAAACUUACGUCGAUGAGCACUUGAUGUGCGAGAUCGAGGGUCACCAUCUCACGGCGGCCGCGAUCAUGGGCCUAGAUGGUAGCAUUUGGGCACAGAGUGCUUCCUUCCCUCAGUUAAAGCCAGAUGAGAUCUCCAACAUAGUGAAAGACUUCGACGAGCCUGGAACCUUAGCCCCGACCGGAUUAUUCAUCGCAACCGCAAAGUACAUGGUCAUUCAGGGCGAGCCCGGAGCCGUCAUUCGCGGGAAGAAGGGAACGGGAGGAAUCACUAUCAAGAAGACUAACCAAGCACUGAUUUUCGGCCUCUACGAUGAACCGAUGACUCCGGGCCAGUGCAACCUGGUCGUCGAGAGGCUCGGUGAUUACCUCAACGAUCAAGGCCUGUAG